AUGUCAAUCUUGAUCUAUUUCCUCUGUCUUUUACCUAUUUUCUUGGUUUCUUUAUCAAUCUUCACAAAGAAGCUCAAACCCUCAAAAUGGAAGCUUCCUCCAAGCCCCAAGACACUUCCGAUCAUCGGAAACUUACACAACCUCAAAGGAUUGCCUCACGAAUGUUUUCGAAAUCUCUCUCAAAGGUACGGACCAGUGAUGCUUCUCCGUUUCGGAUUCGUUCCAGUUGUUGUGAUCUCAUCGAGAGAAGGUGCAGAAGAAGCUCUCAAGACCCAAGAUCUCGAAUGUUGCAGCCGACCAGAGACGGUCUCGACCCGAAUGAUCUCUUACAACUUCAAAGACAUCGGUUUCGCGCCUUACGGUGAGGAAUGGAAAGCUUUAAGGAAGCUCGUGGUUAUGGAACUCUUGAACAUGAAAAAGUUUCAGACUUUUAGGUAUAUUAGAGAGGAAGAGAAUGACUUGUUUGUCAAGAAACUAACCGAAUCUGCUCUGACACGAACCCGGGUGAAUCUGAAGAAGACGUUAUUCACGCUUGUCGCGAGUAUCAUCUGCAGGCUCGCGUUUGGGAUAGAUAUCCACAAGUGCGAGUUCAUCAACGAGGACAGUGUAGAGGAUCUUGUUCACAAGUUUGAUUUAGUCAUGGAGACUAUUGCGUUCGCUGAUUUCUUCCCUCGUGUCGGGUGGCUUAUCGACCGGAUUUCUGGCCAGAACAAGAUAUUGAACAAUGUUUUCACGGAACUCGACACGUUCUUCCAGAAUAUUCUCGACGAACAUCUUAAGCCUGGAAGAACAGUAUCAGAGAGCUCUGAUGUCGUUGAUGUGAUGGUUGAUCUGAUGAAGAAACAUGAGAAAGAUGGAGACUCUUUCAAGCUCACUACAGAUCAUUUCAAAGGAAUCAUCUCGGACUUGUUUCUUGCAGGAGUAAACACAAGCGUCAUCACAUUGAUUUGGGCGAUGACAGAGCUGAUCCGAAACCCGAGAGUGAUGAAGAAAGUGCAAGACGAGAUUCGGACAACACUUGGGGACAAGAAAGAGAGAAUCACGGAAGAUGAUACAAACAAGCUUCACUACUUCAAGCUCGUGAUCAAGGAGACAUUCAGGUUACACCCAGCAGCUCCACUUUUGCUCCCAAGAGAGACAAUGUCUGACAUCAAGAUCCAAGGCUACGAUAUCCCCGCAAAAACCCAAAUGAUGAUCAACAUUUACUUGAUAGCUCGCGAUCCAAAGUUCUGGACAAACCCUGAUGAGUUUGACCCUGAAAGAUUUCUCGACAGUUCCAUAGAUUACAGGGGACUGGAUUUUGAGCUUUUACCGUUUGGUUCUGGCCGGAGAAUAUGUCCUGGAAUGAAUAUGGGAAUCGCCACAGUCGAAUUGGGACUGUUGAAUAUGCUUUACUUCUUCGAUUGGGGAUUACCUGAAGGGAAAACUACUAAAGACAUGGACUUGGAAGAAACCGGAUCAAUCAUUAUCAGCAAGAAAACAACUCUUGAGCUUGUUCCCCUUCUUCAUUACUGA